GCGCUCCGGGGCGCGGGGACCGUGGGCAGCGCCCAGAGACGAGGCAGCAGAGGAGUUGCUUUGCUGUGAGCUGCGGAGCCAGCGGACCUCGCUGUCCUGCGGGUUUGCUGUGCUUCCCCGCUCUCCCCGGUGUGAGGCAGAGACGGAGGCAGGGGCAGAGCCGCGGUCGCUGGCCGCUCUCCCCGCCGGGCCCCGCACGCCGCCGGCUGAGGCCGAACUGGCGGAAGCGCCUCGCCUUCCGCUUCCUCUCUGCCCGGGAAGAGGCGGGCGCAGCUGCGGCCAUGCAGGUCUCCAGCCUCAACGAGGUGAAGGUCUACAGCCUGAGCGCCGGCAGGAGCCUCCCGGAGUGGCUCUCUGACAGGAAGAAAAGAGCUUUACAGAAGAAAGAUGUGGAUAUCCGUAGAAGAAUUGAACUUAUUCAAGACUUUGAAAUGCCCACGGUUAGCACAAAGAUUAAGGUAUCAAGAGAUGGACAGUAUAUUAUGGCAGUUGGAACUUACAAGCCCAGGGUCCGCUGUUUUGAUACCUAUCAGUUAUCCCAGAAAUUUGAAAGAUGCUUAGAUUCCGAAGUGGUUACGUUUGAGAUUUUAUCAGAUGAUUACUCAAAGAUUGUCUUCUUGCAGUGUGGCAGAUUUGUGGAGUUUCAUUCGCAACAUGGCCAUUACUACAAGACAAGAAUACCAAAAUUUGGUAGAGAUUUCUCUUACCACUACCCAUCGUGUGACCUGUAUUUCGUAGGAGCAAGUUCUGAAGUGUACAGGCUAAAUCUGGAACAAGGAAGAUUUCUGAACUCCCUGCAAACCGAAGCUUCAGAGAGUAAUGUCUGUGACAUAAAUCCUGUACACUUCUUGUUUGCUAUGGGGACGGCUGAGGGUAAAGUGGAAUGCUGGGAUCCUAGAACUAGAAAUCGAGUUGGGCUGUUGGACUGUGCAUUAAGCAGUGUGACAGCAGACACAGAGAUAGAAGGUUUGCCAUCCAUUUCAGCACUGAAAUUUGAUGGGGCUUUGAAUAUGGCUGUUGGAACAUCUACUGGGCAGGUCCUAUUAUAUGAUCUCCGGUCUAGUAAUCCAUUAAUAGUCAAAGAUCACCACUAUGGCCUGCCUAUUAAAUCAAUUCAGUUCCAGCAUCAGUUGGAUUUAAUUAUCUCUGCGGAUUCUCGAAUCAUAAAAAUGUGGAACAAAGAUACAGGAAAGAUAUUUACUUCAAUGGAGCCAGAACAUGAUAUAAAUGAUGUCUGCCUUUAUCCAAAUUCAGGAAUGCUGAUGACUGCCAAUGAAGCCCCUAAAAUGAAUAUCUAUUAUAUACCAGUUUUAGGACCUGCCCCAAAAUGGUGUUCCUUCUUGGACAACUUGACUGAAGAACUGGAAGAGAAUCCAGAAAGCACUGUUUAUGACGAUUACAAAUUUGUUACCAGAAAAGACCUUGAAAAUUUAGGCCUUGCUCAUCUCAUUGGAUCAUCAUUGCUCAGAGCAUAUAUGCAUGGCUUCUUCAUGGACAUAAGACUUUAUCAUAAGGCGAAAAUGAUGGCCAACCCCUUUGCCUAUGAAGAAUAUAGGAGAGAGAAAAUAAGGCAGAAGAUAGAAGAAACCCGUGCACAGAGAGUUCAACUGAAGAAACUCCCAAAAGUUAAUAAAGAACUUGCUCUCAAACUGAUUGAGGAAGAAGGAGAAGAGCAACAGUUUAGUAAAAAAAGAAAACAAAAGAAUCUGCCCAGCCUUCUCAAAGAUGAUCGUUUUAAGGUCAUGUUUGAGAAUCCAGAUUUCCAGGUGGAUGAGCAGAGUGAAGAAUUUAGGCUACUUAACCCACUUGUUUCUAAAAUAAGUGAGAAAAGAAAGAGGAAGCUAAAGAUCUUAGAAGAACUGGAAGCACAAGGACAGGAAGAGGAGGAAGAGCCAGAAGGAAAAGCAAGUGAUGCAGAAAGUUCUGAGAGUUCAGAUGAUGAAAAAGGCUGGGUUGAAGAGGUCAGGAAACAGCGCAAGCUUUUACGCCAAGAGGAAAAACUAAAGCGGCAGGAAAGGUUCAAGGAGGAUCAGCAAACAUUACUAAAACCUCAGUUUUUUGAGAUUAAAGAAGGAGAGGAAUUCAGAAGCUUCAAAGACUCUGCCAAAAAACAAAAAUUAAUGAAGAAAACUCUUGAAGAUCGUUUAAAGCUUGAAGAAAAACUUGGCACACUCAAUGUGUCUGAUACCACAGUAGGCAGCAAACAGGCAACAUUCAAAUUAAAGAAGUCAGAGCAGCAAAGGAAACAGCAGGAAGCUGAGAAACGACAUCGUCAGGAGAGGAAAGCCCUUCGGCGCUCUGCCAGUCACCUCAAGAGCAGAGGUGGAAGAGGACGACUAUUUCAUUGAUUUAUGUUGGGUUUUUUUAAGAAACUUUUAACCUCAUUUUUCAUUUGAAAAAGGGGCUUUUUCGAAUUGGGACACAGUACUAGUGGAUUUGAUUCAUUGGUGAACACAAAACCAGAACUUCCUAAACCUUGUGUUAAUUAUUUCAAAGUUUAUGAAAGCUGAAGUACUGACCAAAGGACACUAUGAAUAUGGUCCAUUGUGAACUGUAUUUGUUCAGAAAUCACCAGCAACUGGUUAUUGUGUAACCCUGUAUGUUUUCUAUAUAAGAAUUUAUGUAUACAACAAGGCUGCCUGCCUUUUAUUUAACUUAAGAGCUGUGAGUUUCAGUUUCUGAAAUCUUUGUGACUGCUUAGAUAAAAGAUCAAAGGUAAGUUGUUUUGUCUAAAAGCGUAUCUUUACAAGGACACAACAAAUUUUUCUGAUUUGUGAAGGAUGACACACAGUUGUAUUUUUCAAAAACUGACUUUGGUUUUAUAUUCUUGGGUUUCCUUUAGUAGCAAAUGGUAUAAAUGGUUGUCGGAACAAUUGAGAAUGCCUGAUUUGGGUUCCUCUGAGUCAUUCUGUAAGGAAACCUCUCUUGCCACACCAGUGUACAGAGGGGAAGCUCAAAAGGGUAGUCCUAUUAACUUAGACUUUGUAAAUACAAAACCUGAUCCUGAUGUUUCUGUUUUGGAAAGCCAGCCAUGGUUCACCAUAGAUCGAGUGAUGUAUGUUCAUAUAACAAGCACUUUAAGGCCAUGCCAGUAGUCACCUAUGCUUCAAAAAAAGAGUUUAGUUAAAUAACUUAAAAAAACCCCUUGAACAUAAGUAGGUCAUUAUUUAGCAAAUAAAUUAGGUUUUACCUUUGAUCCUAAAGGAACGUUUUUAUUGCUUUUUAAAAGCCUUUAUGAAUUGCCUUUUUGCUAGAUAAAGAAACCUGAACUUUGGAUCCAGCUAGAAUCAGUGAAUCUCCCUGUCACUGGAAAUCUUUUUGAGACUCGUAGUUUCUUAAGUGUUUUGCUUUAUAAACCAGAGAGUUAUUAAUCUGGUCAGGUUUCUUGGACAGUAUUUAUAGAAUGUUUGCAAUUACUUCAGUAAAAAGCCUUGGUUUCUCAUAGCCUGA